AAUCACACAUCAUUGCUCUUGGAUCCUUCCUUUAUCAAUUCAUAUAUCACCAGCGAACAAGCCGCUGGCCACUACUCCCGCGGUUAUACCCCAGAUGAGCUUGAACGUAUAAUUGGUCCAUUUAUCUCCUCACCUUUAGGCCUAGUACCAAAACCCCAUUCAAACAAAUUUCACCUUGUCCAAGAU